CUAGGAGAUGCAAAAGCAAACCCGCAUCUCUCUCUGAGAAAAAGAGAGAAAGAUUCUCGGCACCCGGAAAACAUCAGCGUCAUCAUCCUCAACAAUCCACAAUCCUACAAAAUCCACUUUUUUUUUUACCGUUGAACCCCUUUUGCCGCCAAAACCCACACCCCCUGUCAACCGUCUGAUCAGAACCCCACAAUUUUUGUGGGUCCCUUCUCCUGUGGACCCCGCGAAUACCCUUCCAAAGAGCAAGAAAACGAACUGUCUCCUUCCUUGAUCCACACCAUCCGUUCAUGGCCCCUCCAGUAAUAACUUUGAGUCCACCCAAAGCGAUUAGGAUUCCAGAUGGGUAGUUUGUGAAUUUUGGGUUUUGAUUGGUUUUCCUGAAUCUGGGAAUUCUCAGUUCCCAUUUCUUCAACAAACUUGAUCUGGGUUUUGUUUCUUUUCUUUGAUUUUUUUUUUUUUUUUUUUACUUUUGCUGUUUGUUGUUGUUGCGGCAGCUGUGGGUGUUCUCGCUUUUUGAAGAACCAGCUCCCCAUUUCUCGAUCUACCUUGUGUUGCAGUUACUGUUUUCUUUGUUUUUACUUUCAUAUUCUUUGUAGAUUUAUAGAUUUAGACUCCUGGGUGUUUCUUGGUUUUGUGAAUAGGCUUUGAGGAGUGGGAACUGGGGUUGGAGAUGUUGGGUGGGAUGAAUUUGAUUACUACUGUUAUUGGGUUUGGGAUGAGUGCCACUUUUAUUGUGUUUGUAUGCACAAGAUUGAUAUGUGGGAGGCUCCGAGGGGUCGAGUCGCGGCAGAUGUUCGAAAUUGACUCUAGGAUCGAUCUUGAACAGCCAGAGCAUCGGAUUAGUGGCCUUGAACCUGUUAUGGUUGCUGCAAUCCCAACAAUGAAGUUCAACCGGGAGGCUUUUAGUUCUGUGGAAGAUGCACAGUGUUCAAUAUGUUUGGGUGAGUAUCAAGAGAAAGAGGUAUUGAGAAUCAUGCCCAAAUGUGGACACAACUUUCAUCUCUCUUGCAUUGAUGUAUGGCUAAGAAAACAGUCUACUUGUCCAGUCUGCCGGCUCUCGUUACAAGACUCUUUUGAAACAAAACACGUGAGGCCAGAAGCAUUUGACACGGCCCAAUCUGUUGACAGUCCUGAGAUUUCUGUAGAUCGUUCUCAUCAGUGGCUGCUUCCUGGGCCUGAGCGUUCAGUGGAGAAUGGAACUAACCAAGUGCACCAUGAAUCCAUACCUGGAUAUCCAGAGCCUGCACAAUCUGGAGAAGAAGGAGCAAGACGAUGAUCAAGGCAAAGAAAUUGACCUGUUCCAGAGGGCUUAUAUGCCUUUGCUUCUUGAGAGCAAUGCUUCAAGCGAAUAUGUAAUGAGUGAGUCAUGAUCCAUCGGCGAUCAAUGCGAAAGGUUAAAAAUGGGAUUCUGAGUCCUCAAGGUGUAGAAAAUGGGAUUCUUCUACCUUAUUUGCACCCUAGAUUUUCCUUUGUUGUAUGCUAGUGAUUAGAGAUGCUUCUGAAUCACUCUGACAAAGUUCUCAGAAUUCUGAAAUCUUUCAAAUAGAAACUUAAAUUAUAAUUGACAUUUUGCUGCUGCAUUUAGCUAGUUUAGUCCUGUAUUUUAAUGUUCCUGAAUACUGUAAAUGGUUUCAGACUGUUUCCAAAA